AUGGACGUUGCAGAUAAUACCGUAGCACUAGUGACGAAGCAUUGUGGGUUGCAGUUGGAGAUGUACCAAAAGUGCGUGACCCAGAACCCGGCGAACUGGGACAUCAAGUGCAUCACCCAGAAGCGCGCCCUUGCCAAGUGCUCCGAGGACAACGUGCCGAUAAUCAAGCAUGUCAAGGAGAUGUGCGACCCAUUCAUCAAGGACUAUGACGCAUGUGUGAUGAAGAACCAGCAGGACCCCACGAUUUGUAUGGAUUCGCUGAAGAGGCUUUUUCAUUGCACGGAGGAGCAUGGCAAGUUGCCCCCGAGUGGGCCUCCUAGGGUUGUCAAAGGGGAGGGGGAUAAGCCUGCGGCUACUGGGUAUGGGUACCGUGGUGGCGUUUGA